CAUGGCAUGGUUGACUGACAAGACAUAAAUGGCAACUGCAACGACGUCGUUUAGAUGGGCGUAAAUCACUCCCUCUGUUGGAAUGAAUAUUCACAAAUGUCUGCUCCUGGUCCUGAUCCUGAGGAAACGUCAAAUGAUUUUAUGUUUUCUUGCUUCAUAGAUCAACCACCGGUCAAACAAUCUAAUCGAUCUUUAAACUCCAAUCGAUUCAGCAAGUGUAGUUUUGCAGUGAAUUCGAUGGAUAAUAUACAAGAUCUCUGUGAUGAAGAGGUCGAUGGAGAUGGAAGGAACUAUACUUGUUCCGCUUCUUCAACAUCUGGCGCCUCACACUUCCGAUUGAUCGGUCGACAAACCACAGUUCAUCAGAUGAUGGGUGGUGGUACAGCUGCUGAUGUUAUAUUGUGGAAGCGACGGCGUGUUUCAUGUGGAAUCAUUGUUGUUGCUACUGUUGCAUGGUUCCUACUUGAGCGGUCGGGGUUGUCAUUCUUAUCAAUUUGUUCAGAUGUCUUGUUGAUCUUGAUUGCACUGCCGUUUCUUCGGGCCAACUAUGCUAGUUUCAGAAAUAAACCAAUACAGACAUUACCUGAAUUAGUCUUAUCAGAAGAAAUGGUCACUAACGCUGCUGCAUCAUUUCGUGUCAAAAUCAAUUAUGCGCUGCUUAUGGCUCAUGAUAUAACAAUUGGCAAAGACUUUAGACUUUUCUUCAAGGUAGUGGUCUGCCUAUGGCUCUUGUCUGUAAUUGGCAGUGUAAUCUCUUUCUUGACACUUGCAUAUAUUGGAAUCAUUCUUUUUGUUACAGUACCUGCCCUAUACAAUAAAUAUCAAGACCAUGUUGAUCGGUUUGCUGGUCUGAUCCACCGACAAUUUUCCAAUCACUACAAAAUAGUGGACGAGAAUGUUAUUAGCAGAUUCCCUCGGAGUUUCUCCAAGGACAAAGAUUCAUGAAUUCAUCCCACAUACAGUUCACAAGUUGAGUUGGACUGAGGCUGUGUACCUUGUUCUUUUCACUUGAAUGUGUGAGUUCUCUUGGUUCUGUGUGUAUUUUCCCUUAUUUGUUUCUUUCCAAGAUGGUCUUGCUUGUACAAAGUCAUUCCAAAAAUUGAUUAGCCAUUGUUAACAUUGUAGCCAAAGUUUGGAGAUGCUUAGUCUAGCUGUUUAAGUUCAGAGUUAUUGCUUGUGAAAUUUGUGAAGUAUUUUGAUGGGGAAGAAAUAAAUUAAGCUAGCCUAGCAAUGUAGAAACCAUUUCUUUUUCUUAAUCCUCUUGUAGCAUAUAUACUGGUGAAAGGAAAUAAAUUACAAAACCAUGUUUUGUUUUGUUUUCUUUA